CACACUCCAUGGAUGCUGAAUACAUGCUGUAGGACUAACUAGAUUUCAGAUUUACUGUACUGAACAUCGGCGGAGGUCAUCAGGACUGCCGGAUUGUCUCCCUGAGCCUCUUGGCUGGGGUUUGCUUGGGAUGGCCAGGAUCCAGGAGUUGUCCCGCCUUGGAGAAAGAGAGCCAGAAGAAGUGUUUUAUCCCAGUAUCUGGUCAUGAAGCUGGUCCUGCUGACGCUCAGGCUGCUGUGCCUUGCUUGUUUCUGGCCCGUCGCCUUGGUCAACAACCACUACCUCAACCGGAAGAAAAACAAAGAUAUUUAUUUAGUUGAUCAUGCCAAACACAGAUUCAGAGGACGAAUUGACUACAAGUUAAAGCGAAAGGACAGCACCAAGUCCCUCCUCAUCAAAACUGAACAGCUGCUAAGAAUCGAAGACCAUGACUUUGCCAUGAGGCCUGCAUUUGGAGGAUCUGCCAUCCCUGUGGGCAUCGAUGUGCAGGUGGAGAGUAUAGACAGCAUCUCGGAAGUCAACAUGGACUUCACCAUGACCCUGUACCUGAGGCAUUACUGGAAGGAUGAACGCUUGGCUUUUCCCUCCAGUAACAAUUUGAGCCGUACGUUUGACGGCCGCCUGGUGAAGAAGAUCUGGAAGCCUGAUGUGUUUUUCGUCCAUUCCAAACGCUCCUUCAUUCAUGACACCACCAUGGAGAACAUAAUGCUGAGGGUUUAUCCAGACGGCAACAUCCUUUACAGCGUCAGGAUUACAGUUACGUCUCUGUGCUCAAUGGAUUUUAGCAGAUUCCCACUGGACACUCAGAACUGUUCCCUGGAGCUGGAGAGCUAUGCAUAUAAUGAGAAUGACCUUAUGUUGUACUGGAAAAACGGCAAUGAUUCUCUGAGGACGGAUGAGAUUGCCCUCUCUCAGUUCUUCAUUGAAGAGUUUCACGUCUCACACGGUCUGGCCUUGUACAGCAGCACGGGCUGGUACAACAGACUCUACAUCAACUUCAUCCUCAGAAGACACAUAUUCUUCUUCAUGCUGCAGACCUAUUUUCCCACAAUGCUGAUGGUGGUUCUGUCCUGGGUGUCUUUUUGGAUCGACAGAAGGGCAGUGCCGGCCCGUGUCUCGCUUGGAAUCACCACAGUGUUGACCAUGUCCACCAUAAUUACUGGAGUAUCGACGUCCAUGCCUCAGGUGUCAUACGUCAAAGCGGUGGACGUUUACUUGUGGACCAGCUUCCUCUUCGUGUUUCUGACCGUCAUCGAAUAUGCAGCUGUCAAUUACUUUACCACCAAGGAGGAAAUGAAGAAACUUAAGCAAUUAAAGAUCUCAGAAUACGAUGCAUCUCAAGCCAUGGCGUUUGACGGCUGUUUCCAUGACCAGGACAUCGAGCUCAGUUCAUUCCCUCGUCUGUCUGACCUAAACGCAGACACAUGUGUUUCCUCCCGAAACUCAACAUCAGCUGACCUCCCUCCUGUCCUGGGCACAAGACUCCGCCGGCGCCGCUCCAUCCGCCAGAGUGUCAACCAUAUCAUCAACAACAGCUACAAGAUAGACUCCUACUCCAAAAUAUGCUUUCCUCUGGCAUACUUUCUCUUCAAUAUCAUCUACUGGAGCAUCUAUUCUUAAAGAGGCAUCCGAAAAAAUGCAUUAAAAGACUUGUGAUCACAAAAUACACAUGCAAAUAAAUGUUCCACAUAACAUGUGUAAUAGAAAGCAUAAUAAACUAUUUAUUUAUUAUGUUAGAAUCUCAGAUUCCUAACUUUGCCUAAAAUGUACAAUCGUAAAAUAAUCAUAAAUACAUAAAACUACAAAAAACAAUGAUCUAAACACAAGACAUCACAUUAUUUUACGUUGGGUUUUAAGGAACCAACUACUCAAAACUACUGUACUACUCAAAACAAUUAGACAACUGUUUUUUUGUGUGUAGUAUGCUGAAAACUAAUUACAUUACAUUAACAGACACAUUAUGUCCAUAUUUCCUCCUUAAAUGAGGACUAUAAAACUGAGAAUGGCUACAAAAU